AUGGGAAAUUCAUCGAGUGUCCAUGAUAGUAGCAAUCUACCACAGAGCCCUUUUGAGCGCAUGUUGCAGGCCAAACGUAAAGGUGCUGCAUCAGCGAAAUGUAUCCCAGGAACCGCAUCUGACUUUUACUUUUUCUGUCGGAAUGGUGAAGUCGAUCGAAUGCGCCAAGUACUCGAUGCUGAAGACGCACCAUCCAUUGAUCAGUUGAAUGAAUUACAGCCGAAUGGUAGUACAGCAUUGCACGCUGCCACAUACUACGGUCACAAAGAGAUAGUCAAAUUUUUGCUUGAUCGAAAUUGUCCUCGAACAGCACUCAAUAGAUACGGACGAACAGCCUAUGAAGAAGCACGUGACUUUGAAAUGAAGCAAUUAUUCGAUCGACCAGAUUCGGCAAGUCGCUUCCAUGAAUUGAAUGCAGCUCAUACAUUGUCUAUCUAUUUGCCAUGUGAGAACCAUGGUGAUACACUAGCAAGUGCUCCUCUCAAUUUUGUACGUGUUUUCAAGAGCGAAUCCGAGAUUCUCGACUAUUCUAUCAAUCAGCAAACAACGGCCAUGUGGCUCAAAUUUUACAACUGGUUCUCGCAUACAUUUCGCACAUUCAUCGAACGAGAAGAUUUUCAGAUCGAUGCAUUCGAUCUACACAAACACGCGGACUUUCAGCAAUUUCUCAAACUUCAUUUCUCCGAUCCAGUCCAAUAUGAACUCACGAUGAAAUCAAUCGGUGAUGCCCAAAGAAGCAAUUCUAUUGAACCACUCAUUCACUUGUAUACAAGUGAACAAGCUGGUUUCUAUCAUCCACUCAAUCGGCAACUGGCUCAUUCGGUAGGCGAUGCUCAAAUGAGUCCACAUUUGUGUGAUCGAUUUGUCAUCGAAUUUCAUCUGCGUCGACAUGAACUCAAACAUCGUGCAUUCACAGGCACGGUCUACCGUGGUGCCACAGUACCUGCCGUCGAUUUGACUAUUUAUGAGCAAGCAUUAGCUAGCGAUCCACCUGGUAUUCUUGGUCUCAAAACAUUUACAUCGACAUCGACAGAUCCAUUGGUUGCUCUGGCAUUUGCUGUGCAACAACCACCAACAAUCGAUCAGAAAAGUGUUUUGUUUGUUUUUGAAAUACGAGAAGUAACCCCGACUAUCAUUGGCGUUGAGGAUGUCUCUUCGUUCAUUCAGGAACACGAAGUUCUUAUAUUGCCAGGUAAUUUAUUUAUUGUUACUGGUAUUGAAGAAGAACAAUUCCUGAAAGUGACGAAGAUUUAUUUGCGUUAUUGGCAUGUAUCUGUAUCGUUUUGGAAAAAGCUUAAGCAAACAGUAAGAUCUGGAAAGAAAACUGUUUUAUAA